CGAUCGUACACCAUGUGUCCUAUCUACGUCCCCUCCAUUCCUCUCCAUCUCCAGUUGUGUCUGCUUCCUCCUUCGCUACGGAAGAGGAAAACGACUCGUUAUCGCUCUCAUCCCCUCCUGCUUCUCUUACUCCAUCCUCAUCGCCAUCGCCAUGAGUUUUCUUACUGAGCAGGCUCUCGACGAUCACAUGCUGGCGCCACGUGGCGACAUCUCGGCAAUUCGGCAAGUUCAUCAUCCGCGAUUCAGUUCGGACCUCCUACGGCUCGCGCAGUUCUUCAGCACUACCGGGGUAUACGCAGCGGCAGAGUUCCGAUUCACCGGUCAUCAUCAAGCGAUCGUACUGGCAGAAGCGACGGUGGUUCGACGACUGUCAGCACCAGGAGUUAGCCACGUAUCCACCGUCGUCGUCAUCAGCGGUGACAUCAGCGCGAUCAGCCCUCUGCGACACACGCCCAUCCGGACGUCGCUAAGGGAGUGGGGACAGCAGCUGGCAGCAGAAUGGAGUCAAUGGCUUACGCGCCGCGGCGAUAAUCUUGUCCCCGUGGACGACAUCGACGUCGGAGGACUCCGGACGUCGAGACACGAGCCCGCGGUGCUGACGUGGACAAGGGACGUAGAGCACCGCGCUUGGGUUGCAUACGUGGAGCUGUUAAUUAUCCAAGUGUGGAGGACGGAGGUGGAAGGAGACCUUCUCGGAUUUCUAUUCAGAUCGAUGCGUCCCGACUAUCGGCAGCAAAUCAUACAGGAACUCACGAUUCCCCUCGCGCAGCUGCUUGACGAUCUCCCUCUCGACAUCAUCUCGCAGAGCGACGAGAGUCCAGUCCCGCACGUCUUUUCACGCGCUUUGACACCCUACCUGCAGUGGUCGGCUUGCCUCGAGGAGUUAGCGGGCAACAACAACCCGCCAUCGCAACACCCAUACUUGGAUCCCCAGAGGAUAAUCGACCUCGCCUUCUUUCAGCCUCGAACGGCCUCCGAAGACGAAGCGAUAGCGCUAGAGGAAGAGGAGGAGGAGGACGAGGAGGAAGGCGAAGAAGAAGAGGAAACCCCGGAAGAGGGAAGUUACAACGAGCACAGCGAGGGAGAGCAGAGCGACGACGAGAAAGAAGAAGAAUCUGAGUGGGAAACUUUGGAAGAAGAGGCGGAUCGCGUGGAAGGCACGGAGGAGGAUCCCGAGGCGGUGCGGAAGAGAAAAGAAAUCGUCGCCGGCAAGCAGCAGCUGGAGUACGCAAGCGAGGUGAAUCUGCCAGUCUCAAACGAUCCAGCUAUGGAUCCGGAGCUGCCUAAACCAGAAGAUGGGGACCUUGCUGCUCGGGAACGAUUGCGUACGGGAUCACGGGGUGAUUAGAUGAUUGGGUAGUUGUUUGUCCAGAAAAAAGUGAAUACCUCGCGGGGAUGCGUGUAAGCGCGAUCUUAUCUGCGCAGCCUACACGUAUC